AGUAAUCAGAAAAGAAAGAAUUGAAAAGAAUUCCCACAAAAACUGGUGGGAAACAAAAAUAUUUCCAAAAUUUACUCAACCUGAAAAUGUUUCUAGCUAUUUGAGAGUGAGCGAGGGAGAGUGGAGUGUCAUUCGAAGAGAGCAAGCUUGGAGAGCGAGCUACUCCGAGGCGAAAUUCACCACGAUAAAAUACAACAAAAAAGAGACAACAAAAAAUACUUUCACUCUCGCCACAACGCGGCGGCGGGCGGCAGGCAAAGGCAGGAAGCGCAUAAACUGACAGACAGAGAACAGAAAGAAGAAGAAAGAGACUAAGAAGAAGAAUCCGCAGAAACAGUGCCGGAGAGAGAGCGAGGGGAAGAGUGAGUGAAAACAAGGAACACAUCCGCAGUGCAAAGGGAAAACUUUUUGCAUGCCACAAGCAGCAGCGGGAGCGGCAGCGGCAGCAGCAGCGGCAGCAGCAGCGGCAGCAGCAGCGGCAGCAGCUGACUGUUGCAGGAAGCCUGACAGCGGGACGGCUGCAGCAGGACCCGGACAACACUGUUGCGGACAGGACACGCGUCCGGUCCUGUCAUAAUCAAUUCAAUAGAAGCCUCUAGCAAACAGCGGCCCAGGAUACGUCGGACACACCCGAACAAGCGCAGCAAGAGGCGACUUUAAUGUAUCCUUAGAAUUCCAGACAGGCUCCAGCAGUGUAAUGCGCCUUGGGGGAAGUGGCAUACCAUACGACGGCGACCCCCUGACAAUGAGCGCAGCUGGCAACGAUUAUGCCGAACUAUGCGAUCUUGGACCCUCACGUUGGAGUGCACGAGCCUAUGGAUAUCAUGGCGGAGCAGGAGCGGGACUUGGCCUUGGCGGCCCCAGUGGCGGGGGCGGCAUCGGCGGACUGGCCGGCCUCAUUUCGGGCGCCACCCAAUCAUCAUCCAGCGUGCCGACUGGCGGCUCGCAAGGACUCAGUGCCCACCAUAUGCGGAGCAGUGCGGGUGCUCCUAGCAGCUACGAGGCCGAGGACAUCGGCCUGGCCUUCGGCAUGAUCAGUCCACCUCCCGGCAGUGGCGGCCCCUACGGGGGCUCAGCGUCCGGGAUGGGCGGCGGCGGCGGUUCGCGUGUGGGGAAUAGCACGAGCUCGCUGCGCGCCGGCGGUGGUGCGGGAGGAGCCGCCGGGGGCGGAGGCCGCUCUGGGCUCUACUACUCACCGCCUGGCACCUCGUACACAAUCAUUGAGCGUCCCCACUCGCCCCACUACUACUUUAACUCGGCGGGGGUGCCCACCAAGGGGGGCUCGCUGCCGGGACGCGGCUCUGCGUACCUCAGCUCCUCACCCGCCAGCCAUAUGGCCGCCGGCACGGCGGGCACCCUGCCCACCUCCACAGCGGCCAGCGGGCGCUCGUCCAUGGGCAAUGGCAACAAGAAGCGCCCCAUAUCGCCGGAGCAGGUGCUGCGCAUGUUCGGCGCCACGCAGUCGUCUUCAGUUCCUACGAGUAGCUAUCACUACAGCAAUGGUGGCUCACGCGAUCGCACCGGAAGACGCAGUCCGGCCAGCAGUCCGCCCUCGACGACGCAUCAGAUCUAUCGGGAUCGUGAGCGGGAAAGAGAUCGCAGUGUUCCCAACAUUCACGAGCUAACGACGCGAACCGUUUCCAUGUCCCGCGAUCAGCAGAUCGAUCAUGGCUUCGGCAUUUGUGUCAAAGGAGGCAAAGACUCAGGCUUGGGCGUCUACAUCUCACGCAUCGAGGAGAAUUCGGUGGCCGAGCGCGCCGGACUGCGACCCGGUGAUACAAUCCUAGAGGUGAACGGCACCCCAUUCACCUCAAUCAAUCACGAGGAGGCGCUUAAGAGAUGUGUGCAGAUAUUGAAAUCGUCACGUCAAAUCAGUAUGACGGUGAGAGCCCCGCCCACGCUGAACUCGACGGCGCCCCUCCACGGAUUCGGUCCACCCUCCCGCGAUCCCAUGUACGCGUCAAUGGCACCACCCCUGCAUCCACAGAAUCAAGCGGCGGCGGCGGCAUCGGGAGCAGGCUUGCCCUUCCGGCAGACCUGCUCCUGGAUGGACCGACAUGGCCGGCCCGCCUCACCGCCCAUGGAGUACGGGGGCCGACGGAGCGAUCGACGAGAUCGGAUACGUCGCGUGGAGCUGCUCAUAGAGCCGGGACAGUCCUUGGGCCUGAUGAUACGCGGCGGCGUAGAGUACGGUCUGGGGAUCUUUGUCACCGGCGUGGACAAGGAUAGUGUGGCCGAUCGGUGUGGUCUGAUGAUCGGCGACGAAAUCCUCGAGGUCAAUGGCCAAUCGUUUCUCGAUGUGACGCACGACGAGGCCGUUGGUCAGUUGAAAUACCACAAGCGCAUGUCGCUGGUGAUACGUGAUGUGGGCAAAGUGCCGCAUUCCUGUACCUCCAUCGAGAUGGAGCCCUGGGAUGCCUACAGUCCAACAGGCACAAGGGCACGCCGAAAAGGUCAGAUUGCGACCAUGGUGGAGGAGAAGGCCCGCUCUCUGCUGCCCCGUCAUCAUUUUGCAAGCCUCUCCUACUAUAUUGCAGAGUAUAGUGGGAAAGCAAUGACCAUAGAUGCCUUUGUUGCCGUCUUAUUAGAGAUGUUAGAUACGUACGAAAAGCACACGCUAGUGACGGAGAUCCGAGAACUUGUGUUCCCCGAGGAUCGCACGCGAUACGAUGAGCUCGUCUAUCGCAGGGAACGCGAUCCUUAUAGCGUGGACAGGCAUAGGCGUAAGGGAGACCCCGCCCGUGAUUUGCCGGUAACAGCUGACGAUUUGGAGAUUAUAGCCGCCACCGGACGUAGUCCCUCAUCGGACUCGGGACUGGGCAUGACCGUAACGGAUAUACACAAACGACCCGCAAUCCAGUUGCCAUAUCGGCCCAUGUCGGCGGGACCAAUACUGCAUCGCGCACAGCCAGCAUCACAUUAUCAGACAGCAAGUAACCAAUCUUCAUCAUCAUUAUCGCCAACACCCCAACAACAACAACAACAACAACAGCAUCAACAACAGCAAAAGCAAAAGCAACAGCAUUAUCCACCUCAUCAUGCCUCAUUGCGUCAUCUGGGUGGCAUCAACAUGAACAGCGGCAACGUGGGAUCUGUGUCCAUGCGUCAUCAUCCUCAUCGCCACCAGCAGCUGCAGUUGGGACCAAAUCAGUUGAAAUUCAAGCAAACCAAAGACAAUCAGCAACAGGAAUACGGCUGUGAUGAGCAUAGAACUAGAGCUCGCCGGGGAAGCGAAACCCUAUUACCGGAAUACGAACAAGAUGCGGAACAGGAGUUGGCCACAAAACUCUCAAGAAGUUUCGAUAUGAAGGAAGAAGGCGGCACAUUGCUGGGCGAUAAAGGUGUACGAAGGCAUCAGUCCAUGCAGCGUCUGUCCGCUGAGCAGAAUGGUGGUUCAACGACUGAACAAACACAUGAACACAAUCCAAACGUCGUACCUGAUCAUAGAGGCAACUUACACAUUACAGUUAAGAAAACGAAACCAAUUUUAGGUAUUGCUAUCGAAGGUGGUGCUAAUACAAAACACCCGCUCCCUAGGAUAAUCAAUAUCCAUGAAAAUGGUGCAGCAUUUGAAGCGGGCGGACUAGAGGUCGGGCAACUGAUACUGGAGGUAGAUGGAACAAAGGUUGAGGGUCUACAUCAUCAGGAGGUUGCUCGACUGAUAGCCGAAUGCUUUGCUAAUCGUGAAAAGGCUGAAAUAACCUUCUUAGUUGUCGAAGCAAAGAAAUCAAAUUUGGAACCGAAGCCAACAGCGUUGAUAUUUUUAGAAGCCUAACAUUUGCUUGCCCUGCCGGCCAGUGACCCAUUGGAACGACAAAAACUCGAGUUCCUCUAUGAAUGGGGCAUCGAUUUAACGGAGACGCCAAAACCAAUGCCAACACCAAUACCGCUAACAAGAGCCAAGAAUCCACCGCCACUGCCUCAUGAGCUACACAACAACAUCAGCAGCAGCAGCCACACCAACAGCCAGUACGGCAGUCAGACUGCGCUCAACAAUCAUCAGCACCCUCAUCAAACGUAUCAUCCCAACACUCCCACCACAAACACCACACCAGCGACACAAGCAACACAAGCAACACAAGCGACACAGACAACAAAGACCACACAAACCACACAACCACCAGCUGCAGCAACAACUGCAACCAAAAAACCCCAACAACUAAACACCAACACACCAACGAAAGCUUCGCGAGAGGCCACACCAACACGGGAACAGCGUGAUCAGCAACGUGAGCAGCAACGCGAGCAGCAGCGCGAACAGCAGCGAGAGCAGCGAGAGCUUGCGACGCCCACACGCGAACAGAAGCAACACCAACAGCGGCGACAGCUUCGCGACCAGCGAGAGCAACGCGAGCAGCGCGAACGUGAAUUCCAAGGAAACGAACACCACCACCACGAACACCGCCAUGAACACCACCAUCGUGACCACCACGAGUUACAACAGCAGCAGCAUCAGCAACACCACCACCAUCCCCAUCAUUCCCAUCAGCAAUCAUCACAGCAGCAGCAGCAGCAACAGCAACAUCAACAGCAGCAGCGCUACAGCAACAGCUACAAAUCUCAUAAUAAUUCCGUUUACCAGUAAAGAAAAUCGAAAGUGAAAGAUGCAAUUGGAGCAAACAACAGUUUUUGGGAACAUUCUUUCAAGCUAAAACAACAAUUCAACCAGUCAACAGUUUAAUUGUGCUAACUUUUCCAACCCAGAACCCAUUCCCCCCCUCAUGCACGCCUCUUAUGACACUGAACAAAACGCGCUUGACAAGUGAAAAUAUAAAAUUGGAUACAUUCAUAUAUUCCCAUGGAAAAUGCUGUAAACGUAUACGUGGAAUAUUGUAGAUUACUUUUUAAUUAAAUUGAAUGUUGUUCCAAAGAGCCCCCCAAUCUUACCUGCCCUCCACAGCUUAUCCCAUAGAAAAUGCCCAUGUCGUGUUGUUUUUGUUGUAGCUAAAGAGAUGCUCUAAAAAAAA